GCUGGUCCUCAGGCGGCGGCCCGCGGAGCUGCGCUGCAGACGGUCAUUCCCAGCGCCCAGUCCUCCCGGCCCCUCACCGGGAGACACAGGUACUCCCGUGCACCGUUGUUACCUCCCAAAAAAUCAAGUUUGUAUUGAACAAGCAGGAAGACUAAACCGAAUGAAUGGAAAUCCCUGAGGAGGUCUUGGCCUUGAUAUUUUCCUACCUGUUAGUGUGUGAAAGGCACUCAGCCUCACAAGUCUGCAGAAAAUGGGCGGAGGCUGUUACUUAUCCUGCUGUGUGGUAUUACACUGUAGUGAGGUGUGACUCUGGAGCGGAAAAUGACCAGAAUGUGCGUGCAUGCCAACGGUUCCAGUGUCAUAUCAAAUAUCUGAAGAUCUUGUGCAAUCAGUCUUUAGAAGCAAAUCGCAAGAACUUUAUCCAAAUUCUACACAACUUGUCGGAAUCGGCAACGGAUCUGUUGGGCCUCUCCGUUGUGUGUAUUGGUGAAAACCCUUACUUCUAUUCCGGACAAGACUUGCUGCAAAGUGUCAAAAGUGUAUUUAAAGCAGCCUCCUAUUUACAUCUCCGGCACAUUGACCUCCGAGAAAUGCCGUUCACUUUGGAUGACGGCAUCAUCCAAAUUGUCACCAGCAGAACUCCCUCUCUGGAGAGCCUCUUCAUCAAUAAUAAGACGCUUGUGUGUAAGGUGACUUCUGAAACCGUUCAGGAGGCCCUGAGGAGUUGCCCGAACCUGUCUGCUCUGGGAUUGUUUUAUGCAAGCCUGACAGAAAAUGUCUUGGCCAAGCUCCUGAAUGCCAAGCGUCCGCCAUUCAAACUCCUUCAGCUACACUGCGAGCGCAUGGAUAAAUACAAUCCAACUAUCUCGGGUGAGAUGUGGCAAGCUCUGGCAGAGAGACACCCAACUCUUUGUGUGGACAUCGAGCUGGACCAUACAGUCCCUGCUGAGAAAAUACCCCAAAUUCUGCAGCCUACUAUCCCAGUGGCCAGCCUAGAAUUAAGUACCUUUACGUUUAUGGUGGAGCAAGUCAACUUUAUCUCUCAGAACUAUCACAACACGUUAAAAAGGAUUGUUCUGCAAACAACGUCCUCUGGUGAACUGAACCGGGCCUUGUUGAGACUGGCAUCUUGCUGCUUGUCUUUGGAAGAGAUUCAUUGCUACUGUGUGGUGUCCGUAGAUGUUGUGCAAGCUUUCAUUCUCCACUGUCCCAGACUCUGCAAGUACACACUGAAAACCUCUAAAGAGCCACACCCAUGGCUCCCAGCAAUUCUACGAUGAACUUGGGAGUUGAGCUGCAUGACCAAAGUUGUCUUCUGACCGUGAAUAAUCAGGUUUUGAUGCUGUUCUAUUCAACUUGAAGAAUAUGCACAGGCCCUGUUUUACAGGGCGUCCUCCAAGGAGAGGUCUCAAUAUUUUGAAAAUGGAAAGGUCUCAACUCGAAACAAAAAGACAUGGUGGAAUGAAAGGUAUUAGCAAAGGGAAAAUUUACAGCUUCUGCAAAACAAACAGCCUUAAAAAACCAUUGUAGUGCGCAACAACUGAUGGACAAUUGUCUCCUAAUCCCAACCCUUCAACACUUUACACGUGGUGGUGUCUCUGCUCAGGCCCAUUCUACACUCUGGUAUCCUGUUCAGUAAGCAAACUCUCUCCUGAACCUUCUAAACACACCAAACCAUUUGAGUUCAUCAGAGUAUUUGCAUCUCAAUGAGAAAUUACAUUGUGCCCCAAGGUCACACUGGGCCUGCUCAGCCUUUUUUUUUGUGUAGGCCCAUAAAUUGCAUGUUUUAAUUUCACUAUUGGUAUUCCUUUACGAGGCGACUGGAGGACAGCUGUUUUGGAAACUAAGGAGCUGGUUUCUGUACAGAUGGGAAGCCUCUUUCACAUAGCAGCCUUCAGAGGGUAUAAGGGAAAGCAGUGGGGCAGGACAGUAUAAAACACAAAACAGCAAAACAGACCUAACCAGCACUUGGGUUGCCAGCUAGAUUGCUGCAUCACUCAAAAUUCUCUAGUUCUGAGCCACUUUAAUACAAAGAUGUGACUAGAUUAAAUUCCUGUGGUAUUUAUAAUUACAUAUUUCAAAGUUUCACUCUCUCCUUAUAUACCUGGCAUCUUUGCCUUUCUCAUUAACUUUUAAUUUUGAAGCAUACAAGGAUUUGUUCGGACACACAUCAGCAGUGCCCAGAAAUUGCAUGUCUCGGUGUGGGCAUUGGCUGUACUAUUUUAAAAAAAAAGGUCACUUUCUUUUUCAG